UUUUUCCAGAAAUAGACUACUUAGAUUAAGGUUACGUGGUCUGGGGAUUUUGAUACUAUAAUUGAUUCAUCCUGAUUCCUAGGACCCUUUCUUUCUUCUUUUCCCUAAUUUAAUUUACUGCAAAUCUGCACUGUGUAAGACGUGUUUUUGUUCUUGGAUUCAUUGCUGCAGAGACCCUUUUAAGCCCAAAGGCCUUUUUAUGGUUUUCUGGUGAAGGAGUAGAAGAUUUUAACUUAAAAGUAAUAAGAACCAUAAUAAGAAAAGCUACUACAGUUGCUAACACUAACGCUUUGCUAAAAGCAACAGUGCUGCAGUUGGAGUAAGUACUUGGGGCUUUGAUCAAUGCUGAAAUCUUUGUUUCUGAGGUUUGUUCCUAACUCACAGAAAGUGAAAGCAAAUGGCAGAAGAAAAUGGUCCUUCUGAUUUUCCAGAAUCUACAUCUACUAGGUUUUAUUCAGAUGUACAGGCAAACAACAACUUUCAUGGGUCUGGUCUACCUGGUAUUAAGAGGAGAGGCCAAGGUCAUGGGAGUCGCUCUUGGAUAAAGAUUGAUGAGCAUGGCAAUUCAAAAAUUUUGGAAUUGGAUAAGGCUACCGUUAUGAGACAUUGUUCUUUGCCAGCCAGGGAUCUCCGGCUUUUGGACCCUAAGUUUAUCUAUCCCUCCACAAUAUUAGGACGAGAGCAAGCUAUUGUGGUAAACCUUGAACAGAUCAGAUGUGUCAUCACAGCUGAUGAGGUUAUACUGAUGAAUUCUUUGGAUGCUUGUGUACUGCAAUACGAGUCUGAAUUGUGUAAACGCCUUCAGAUAAAUAGAGAUCAGCCGGAUGGUCUUCCUUUCGAGUUCAGAGCCCUUGAGCUUGUUUUGGAGCUAACUUGCUUGUCUCUUGAUGCUCAGGUGAAAGAAUUAGAACUGGAAGUAUACCCCGUGCUUGAUGAACUAGCGUCAUCUAUUAACACUCUAAAUCUGGAACGAGUUCGUAGAUUGAAAGGUCAAUUGCUUGCCUUGACUCAGCGCGUCCAAAAGGUAUGUGAUGAAAUAGAACAUCUAAUGGAUGAUGAUGGUGACAUGGCUGAGAUGUACUUAACAGAGAAGAAACAGAGGAAGGAGGAUUAUUUAAAUAAUGAUUCAUAUGAUCAAGCGGAUAUAUAUGGAAAAAUUAGAGGAGCAGCAAGAUCUGCUCCAGUAUCACCUGCAUCAUCAACUACUGGGAUGCAUAAGUUGCAACGGGCAUUCAGUAAUUUGAGCUCAAGCAAACACGGAAGCAUUUCAGCUUCAUCUAAUUGUCAAGAAAAUAUUGAUCAGCUUGAAAUGUUGCUUGAAACAUAUUUUGUGGUCAUUGACAGCGCUCUGAACAAGUUGUCAUCACUUAAAGAAUAUAUUGAUGAUACAGAGGAUCUGAUCAAUAUAAAACUUGCCAAUGUCCAGAAUCAGCUAAUACAAUUUGAGUUGCUUCUAACAGCUGCCACUUUUGUGGCAACAAUAUUUGCUAUGGUAACUGCAGUAUUUGGAAUGAACUUGAAAACCACAGUUUUUGACGAUCCGGAUGGGUUUAACUGGACUAUUAUCAUCACUGGAAUCUUUUGUUUGGUCUUAUACAUUGCUUUCAUGAUUUACUUUAAGCACAAGAAACUUCUUCCACUGUAAACAGAUCUUAACAUCUAUAAUGAAGAUGGAGUGGAAAUCGCCACAAUCAUUUGAUUCUUCAUUGUCU